AUGGGCAAAAAAGAUAAAAAAGGUCCUAAGGCAAAUGUGUUUAAAGUUGCAGGGGCUAAAAGUUUGAAAAAAUCUAAGGCUAAGGCGGUAAAUUUAGGUUUAAAAAAUAUUAAACAAAAAAUUGGUGAAAUCGAUAAACAAUUCUUGGAAAUUAAGAAAAACACUGAUGCCAAUCAAUCUAAACCGAAAUCUAAAGUUCAAGCACCACAAAAACGCACAGAAAAGAAUGUAACUAAAGAAGAAGUAUUGAAAACUGCUGAAGAAAUUGUAAAAAUGGAUUUA